AUGGCAUAUUUCGAGGUUACAUCCCUUUUUACUUCUAUUCCCCAGGACUUGGCGACCGAGACAAUCGAGCUGCUUCUACAAAGCAAAUACGAUGAAACGGAGAACCGUCUUGGACACGCCCAAGUCCUUCAGCUCCUGAAGCUCUGUCUCAGGACGUACUUCACGUUCGACGGGACGAUCUACGAACAGGUGAAGGGCACACUAAUGGGUCCGCCGAUUUCGGGGUUCAUCGCCGUGGCGGUCCUGCAACGGUUAGAAUCGCUGGUCCUUCAAAACCACAGACCGAAAUUCUGGGCUCGGUAUGUGAAUGAUGCCGAACGGGAUCAGCUGUUGACAUUCCAAGAAAACCUCAACGCCGUCUUCCCGGACAUCCAUUUUACGAUGGAGGAGGAAGAGAACAACCAGCUGAUCUUCCUGGAUGUGCUCGUAUCCAGCAAAGAUUGUGGUGAACUAAAAAAAGUGUUCAGGAAAACGACAAAUACGUUGCAAGUUCAGAACUUCAACAGUAACCACUCAAUCAGCCACAAACGCAGUUGUGUAAGGACGCACUACCGGCGUGUCGAAACGCACUGA